AUGGGCAACCGCUGCAGCUGCGGGCGCCCGUGGCUGACGUCUCUCUCUGAUUCCAGGAACUGUCCUUCGCUUUUUAAAAGGAAGAAGGAAAAGCAAGGAACCAGUGUGAGACACGAGAGCCAACAGCACCAGCCUGGCAGGAAGGCUCCAGCGUAUGAAAAUGUCACAGAGUUUCCAGUCUAUGCUACCGUGAAUAAACCCAAGAACACAAAGCAGGAUGACAGCAUUCAUUAUGCAGACAUCCAGGUGUUCACCAAGGUGCGGGAGCGCUCUGCGGAAGAGGUGAAGAACUUGCAAAUGCAGAAUGCCACAGAGUAUGCCACCCUCAACUUCCCCCGACCCAGACUGAAAUACGACAGCAAGAAUGGGACCUUGGUUUAAAAAGCUUGGUAGCCCCUGCCUCCUUCAGCAACUAAAGGAUUUCACAGACGUAAAGAUGCUGCAGGCUCAGGCUAACUUCAUGAACACAUCUAGCCUGCCUGCAGAGCAGAGCGGCUGCAUCUUCCACCUGCACGAGAGCAUGCGCAUUAACUCUCACAUGAGGAAUAGUCGCCUCUGGUUCUGCUGGUCAAAAACCAGCCUGUUCCCCUUGGCUCUGCACAGCUCUGUGUGGGAAUGCAGCAUACAAGAUUCUGUUCUGGGGCAAGGGAGAUGUUGCCAUAGGAUUUUAUGCUGAUAUUAAGAACAGAAUGUGGUUGAUAGCAAGAGGAAAUUGCAUGGAAGUUCCAGCAGCAACUACCGUAAGGUCUUCCUCUGGUAUCAGCCGCUGCACACUGCAGUCAUGCACAUCGUGCAUCUCCUUUUCUCAAAAAGCAAUGUUUUCCCACCAUGCACAGCACACUGAGGCCAAGGCCAGAAACACAGAAUUAACCGAGGGAUUCAGAACAGUUCCUUCCAUUGAAGGGUGGUACCAAUUAACAUUCUUACCCCAACAUGCACAGAAGUGAGCAAUGAGCUCUUUUCUCUGAAAAUGAAAGAAGGAAAACCUGCAGCUUAUCUGAAAGGCAGCCACUUAAAACCACUGCCUAUAUUUAGGGUAGUUACCCAGUCCUUGGGCUGUUUGCAUACCUGAGACACUGUGAAUGAAUCCUGGACAAUUUUAAAGAGGACUUUGCACUUUUUCUCCAUUAAUUUUUUAUUCUGUGGUGUCAGCCUUAGUUAUAAAACCCUGCAACAUAGAGUACAUGCCAUGUGGUGUCUUCUGCUAAAGCUCCUGAAGACGCUUUAGAGAAUUUGCUUAUGGGUUUAAAAUAGUGUUAGCAAUGCAGGACAGCAACCGUCCACAAUCUUCUACCACGGGGCUGCAUGUGACAGUUGUGGUGUUGGGAGCUGAGAGGGCUCCCAAGCAGUGUCCUCGGGCCCUGAGUCAGUAGUUGGCACAUUCUGUUCCUAAGUAAUGGUCUGCACGGCCAAACACAAGUCGUGGAGCAACCUGUUUAUUGCCAGUGUUGAAAAAUGGACAUCCUGGUACCUUUUAUAAAUGUGCAAUGUUUUGCAUAUCAUGGCUCAUCUAAAUGUGAAAGGAAAACCAUGAGGGAGUUCCUCCUUGUGACAAAAAAUAAAGCUGGUACGGGUCCUGUGUGCUAAGACAGAAGCGCUGUGAGGACCAGUCCUACAACCGUUCUACCUGAACAGGUCUUUGUGCUCGUGCUGUCCGGCAGACAUCACCACGGCUAUUAUAAGGCCAGACUAAAGUUUGCAAAAAGGCUUUUUUAAAUCAUGAAUGGGGGCAGUCUAUUUUUCUACCUGAACAGGAUAUUUUCUUUUUAUCCGCGCUGAACCCAGCUGGGCUACUAGAAGGCCUGCAGUGUAAGAGUCAUUGAGGUUGGAAAAGACCACUGAGAACCCCGUGUCUGACGCAGCCCGCCCCGCCGUGCCCUCUGGGCGCCCCUCAGUGGGCAGCCUACUGAGGUACGGCGUGUCCUGGAGGUGGCCUCCCCAGUGCCCUCCGUUGGGAACGGCGGUAGUGAUUCGCCUUGAUUGCCAAGCCCCGAACUGAUCAGAAGCCAAAGUCACGCGUUCUGAAGUCUUUUCCUAAAACUUGCUUUUGCACUGAUUAACAGACUCCAACAGCCUGUCUCCUUCGUUUCCCAAGAGUGCUCGUUGGACAUUAAAGAUAAGAUUUUUGAAUCGAGCUGAUCGACUCGCACUUUCUUCCUCCUCCCGUCCUGACGGGAGGACGCGCCUCACG